AGUAAAAACAUAUCCUUGAGUGAGGAUUAAAAAGAAAUUAAGGGCAACUGUUGCAUAUUAGUAGUAAAAUGUACACUUCCAAAUCAGCAGAGAGAAACAAGAAAGCAGUUUAACCACUUAAUUACCAUAAAAAGAAAGUGUAGAUAUAAUUCAAUAGUGGUCACUGAGCAGAUCGGACUCCUCUCAUUUGCAUGCCUCCCUCCACUUCUUCAGCAACCAUGUCUGAUAAACCCGAUAUGGCUGAGAUUGAGAAAUUUGAUAAGUCGAAAUGGAAGAAGACUGAAAUGGAAUGGAAAAAUCCACUGCCUUCCAAAGAAAUGAUUGAUCAGGAGGAGCAAGCAGGCGAAUUAUAAUGAGGCCCACACCACCUAUAUGCUCUGUAUGUUCCACAAGCACUGCCCUCUUGCUUUAGUACUUUUAGCUGUUUAAUUUUGUAAGAUUCAAAGAGGUUGGAUCAGUUUAAAUGACUGUGCUGCCCCUUGUCACAUCAGAACCACUGACAGUGAAGGCUGCACCUGCUGCUCCCAUCUGCCUCUCUGGCUGGCAGGGAAGGAAAAGAACUUGCAUGUUGGUGGAGGAAGAAGCUGGGUGGGAUGACAGUGAAAUCUCAAGUAAACCAAGCUGGUCCAAGGUGUCCUGCGGGCUGUGAAAUGCAGUUUAAUCAGAGUGCCAUUUUUUUGUGUGGAAAUGAUUUUAAUUAUUAAAAUGCACAAUUUUAAAAAAUAUGAAAAUAAAAUGUUUUAAAACC